CUCUUGAGAGGAGUCACGUUUAGGUUUAAGUCCCCAAAUAGUGCAAGUGGCCACAAAAAUAUGCCUCCAAAAAAGAAACCGAAAAACGUCGAUAUGAAAUUAAAUUUUGAUUUCUAUAACGUCCCAUGUUACAACUUAGCCAAUUUUCUAUUAGGUAAACUGCUUGUCAGACGAAUCGGAGAUGAUAUCCUCAAAGGGCGAAUUGUUGAAACCGAAUGUUAUUUAGGUGGAGAGGAUAAAGCUUCUCGUUCAUUUGGAGGACGGAGAACUACGGCUAACGAACCAAUGUAUAUGCAACCAGGGACGGCUUAUGUUUAUAUGACUUACGGAAUGUACCACUGUUUCAAUAUCUCGAGUGCAGGACCGGGUGCUGCAGUUUUAUUACGAGCGAUACAUCCCAUAGAAAACAUUGAUAUAAUGACAGAGUUUCGUGGAAAAAAUUGUAAGAGUAAGUCGAAGAAAUUUAAAAUUGACGAAUUGGGAAAUGGGCCAUCAAAGUUAUGCAUGAGUAUGAGUAUAGACAAAGAAACUAGUAAUAAACUCGAUUUGUGUACAAGUGAUACUUUGUGGAUCGAAGAAGAUCUUGAUUAUGACAAUGAUUUUAAGACUGUUAUUUCGUCUCGUAUUGGUAUUGACUCGGUCGGUGAAGAAUGGGCGAAAAAGCCGUUGAGGUUUUACAUUCUGGGUGAUAGUAGUGUUAGUAAACGAGAUAAACAAGCUGAAAAUCAAUUUCUUGAUCUGCCGAAAAGUUAAAAUACGUGGUGUGCAAUCUUAUCUCACAAUUCAGUAUUAUAAACAAAAAAAUUUUUAACACGUGUAUAUUUGCUAAUUUUGCUGAAGUGAGGAACCAUCCUCCAGCCGAAAACAAGGGUGUGUAUACUCAGACUCAGUUUAUGUCUUGCAAUGGUUUCUAAAUAAAAUAUUACUUACA